UACCUUCACCUCCAGUCGAUCGAGGACCUGCCUUCGAAGGGACACCGGGAGAAUGUCUCCUACGACCCCGUCGUUCUCUCUUGCCUUCUUCCCGACUGCAAACAUGUCCAGAAGUCCAAGUCCGCCAAGGCCUCACUCAACCCGGUCUUCGACGACACCGUCGUUUUCCCGCUCGACCGCACCAAGAGCGCGGAGAACGUGGCCGUCCGGAUCUCGGUCUACGAGUCGGACGACCUGUGCACCAAUGGCGCCUGCACCACUAGUGCCAUCGGCCACGUGCUCCUGCCCGUGGUCGACUGCCUAACGCCUACAGACCACCCUCGAGAAUUUCGUCGAAGGGUUGGCAGGCGAUCAAUGAUCACCGGUAACCUAGGUCGUCUGUUGAUAUCCCUGGCCUAUCUACCUUCUCUAGAGCGACUCUCCUGUGUUAUCCUUAGGGCAAAAGACAUCAAAUGUGAGAAGGGCACCAACGUGUCUUCCCUAGAAACCUACGUAAAAGUGACCCUAAUGUGCGGCGUGGAUAAGGUCAAAUCCCGGAAGACGGCCAUCAUACGCGGCACUGACAGCCCCGUUUACACAGAAUCCCUUUGCUUCGUCGUUCCAAUGUCCUACAUCGACGAAACCUCACUGGUCAUCCAACUUACCCAGCAUGCUCAGCUAAAGAAGGAUCGAAUUCUUGGGCAGGUGAUACUGGGACCGUACAUCUACACACAGGGUAGUGCCAUCAGUCACUGGGGGAAGAUGCUGGCUAGACGAGAGGCGGCUAAACAGUGGCAUAAUCUAUAUAUCUAGGAUCAGGCGCCCUCUACGUCAUUACCUAUAGGUGUAAUGCUCAGUCAUACCAACGAUAUCGAUUCCAAACCGAGCUAUAGUCUGGCAUUUGGAAUAACGUAAUACCGUUGAUCGGUCUGGAGAUGGUAUUGCUGGUGUGACUGUGCACCAAUGAAGUGCAUCGCUUUGAAACCCGCGGACAUUACUGCUGGCUUGUCAUGAAAAUAUACAAGCAUCUACCUUGCUUGUAACGCUUAGCUGACUGGUUUGUGAGUUCAGAGCUGACCUGCUUACCGUCUGCUCUUAUCCGUCUGUUUUGCGAUGACACGCUGCCUUUAACUCAUAGGCUUUUGUAUUCUUUCAUUUCAUAGUCAAAUCCACUCUCCUUAAUCUGUCCAUAAUCGUAUGAUAUCCAAAUCAUUUCUAAUCAAUGCGUUAAGCAGAAGGUUCUAAACAUCUACGAGAACAUCUAUGCGUGUCCAAAAGGCUGGUCAAUUUGGAUGGAAUCUAGUAUCUACUUCUUAGGCUGCUUUGAUAUUAGAUAUACUAGACAAGUUUGGAGGUUUUGUUUCCAGGACAUUCUCAUCAAACUCUGUUUAUAUUGAUCAUUGUUCUUCAUUCAGUUCUGUCCAUGCCUAACUUUCACAAAUCAUGUUAUUACAACAAAACCCGAAUCUCUGGUAGAAUAUUUAAGUGAAAUAUUGGCAGUACUAUCAUGACUAUUAGGCCUACAAAAAUGAAACACUUCAGACUCAUUCGCUUUGUGAUAUUAUCUUGCAACUUAUCUGUUUCUUUCAAGAAUACAAUUAUUUAUCAAUCAUGAAUAUGCCAUCAUCUUGUUAGGAGUGUGUUAGAUGAUGACCAUGUCCAUAAUAACACUAAUCAUCUUUGUUGUACAGUCAUUAGCAGUGAGGGCAGCAGAGCUGAUGAAAAAAAAAUACAGGGGAGCCAGGAACAAAAAGUGUCAAAGCAACUACUGUCCGUAAUGUUUAUAUCCACUGUCAAAACAAGCUAAUCGCAAAUCAAUGUAACUAAUGCCGCAGUCAGUCAUUAGUCGACUCAAGACGGGCCAAAAUGAAGUUAUUAAUCUCAGACCAUUGGUUAGUUUAGAGUCAUUUUCAAUGGUGGAACUUUAUCAUGUAGCCCGUCAAUUAUAUUCAUUUUAUAUAGAUCCCUGGUAUGUGGUUCUCGUCAAAGCUGAAAACCAUCACUGAUCUGUAUAUUUAUUUAGUACAUUGCAUAAAGAUCAGUGGAAACCGUAGCGUAGGUGGACUGGUACAAAAGAGAUCGCUGAUGGCGCUAUAAAUGUCGAAAUAUCGGCGGAAAUUGAGUUCAAUGGAAACUGAUAACGAAAAGAGAAACGGAUCGAAAAACUAGAUUUUAAUGAUAUUACACUGUACGUAUUACUUAUUAGAUAAAUUCGACAUGAUUUUAGAAGGUGUUCUCCUUUGCGUGUUCUUUUUAGUAGCCACCAUCUUGCAGUUAUAAUUAGAAAAAGAAUUAGAAAAAAAAAAUACUUAUGAUGUGCCAACAAAGAAUCUUGCAAAUUUUGUAAAUAUAAUUUCCAUGUAUAUAACAUAUAUGAUUAUAAAAUGAACUUUUGUAUAUUGCUGUCAUUUCCAGCUUCAAAUCAUGUAAAUAUAUACAUAUUAUAUAAAUGUAUAUAAUCACUAUCGUUCCAACAUAACGGGCUGCAUUCAUAAAUCACAUUAUUUAAAGUAGUUAGAAAAUUGAGUGAAAAGGGAUUUUAAACACGUUGAAAUCAAAUGCCAGGCCUUAAUAUAAUAUGUCUUUAUUAACAAUUAAUAUUCAAUAUAUCAAUAUAAUUGUAUACGGAAGGUUUGUAAUAUGGUUUAGUGAUGUAGCAUUUUCUGCAUUAUAAAGGUUCGUUCAAAAUAUAUAAAAAAAAAAAACCUAUCCGGUGGCGACGCUAUUUUUUUAUCAACUGGAGAAGGAAUAUGGUACCCACUAUGUACGUGCAACGUCUGAACAUACUAACCGAAAACAUUUGUACUGUUUAUUAUCAGUUUAUUCCUCAUAGAUCGAUAAACAUAGAUUAAUGAUAAAGUUGACUGAUUAUCUAAUUUUUUUCAACCCUAUACAAAUUAUUGCAUCUUGAUUUUGAGUGUAAACAGGCCUAUCCAUUAUUAUCAUUUUAUUAUUCAAUAUUAUUAUUGUUGCUGUUGUUUUUAUCAUUAUUAUUACUAUCAUCCUCGUUAUUAUUAUUAUUGUUAUUAUUAGUAGUAUUAUUGUUAUUAUCAUUAUUAUUGUACAUAAAAAUUGAUUAGGCUUGAACUUCUAUUCCAUUCCAUCAUGUCCAAUUUAUGUUCCAUUAUUAUGUUGCUCCCCGGAGAAAACAUAUCACAAGUAAAUAAUUCAUUUAUCAAUAUGUUAAAUGUUGUAGUAUCAGCAUGGAAGUUUUAAAUACGCAGGCCUCGUGAUUUUCUGUGCACUGGGAAACCAUUAUAAUCAGAGUCACUGGCCGUAGACAUUCAAUGAUUGGCGCUUUGUUAAAUUGUAACCAAAUUAACCAGAGCCAUUGAUAAAGAGAGUUCGACCUUUCAAAUUGGGCUCGCCUAAAGCUUGGUUAACACCAAAUUCUAAUUCUACCGAAUAAUUUAGGGCCAAAUCAGAAGCGAAUCGGUUCGGAAUAGGUCCCGAAUCGGAGCAUAAUUGCCAAGAAUUGACUUUCUAGAAUUGCCCAAAUUAAGAAUCCAAUCGAAUUCCAUUCGAAUACAUGCCUAACAUGGCCCGACUUAAAAUUUUCGUGGCCACAUUCGGGAGUAUUUUAAAGAAUAUUCGGCUGGUUUUGAACAUUUCAAACGAGCCGAAUCCCUCUUCAUAAUGUUUUCCAAAUCCCUCACUAAUUUUCUCGCGUUCGGGGAAGGAGAACUGAAUACUCCCGAAUCCUCCCGAAUUGAUUUGGGAGCUCCCCAAAUCAGAGACGAGUAAGUUCACAAUCAGGUCAUAUUCGGGCAGAAUCAGUCCGAAUUUAUUCGCAUAACCCUUGCUUUAGAAAGCAUUAUGCGCCAUUUUGAUAAGCCAUCGGAACCAGAUUGGCCGAACUCUAUUAAUGACCCUAUCCAUUAAUUUUGAAUAGUCCCAUCACACGUUUAAAUUGAGUUCGGAGGUUCCAAACGUACACUCCACUCCUACUGUCACCAUUCUCACCUUUCCAGAUUGAUGAUGCUCACUCGGAGGUGAAUGUUUUUUUUUCAUUAAUGGGACAAAGCUCAAUUUUCCAAAUUGUGUGCAUCGCAUUUUGAUGUUUCAAUGAAUGAAUUAAGAUGGAGGUUCAUAAGCCAUGCAAAAGGUGUCUUUGUAAAUCAACUAUAUAAAGAGAUAUCUACAGUGUAACGAAAAUAAAGGUCGGCCUUAACUUUGGUUACCUUAUUAUUUAACAAAACGGCUAGUCGUUGUCUGGUGCCUGCAAUUAAGUUUGUCGCUGAUUCGUACUGCAUGUUGUUAUGAGCGCACUUAUGGUAAGUGACAACUGACAAUCCUUGGUAACAUGAAAUUCACGAUAAUAUACACACAAAUUAUUGGUCCCCUCUCCUUUAUACCCAUGGCAACAUUUAGAGCAUAGUCCUAAAACAAAGAGCAGUAACGUAAAAUAAUGUAGAAUACUCUACAACAACUCCUUGAGGAAUAUCCUAAAUUGUGAAAGCACGCCACCUACGGUCGAUGACCGAUGCCAAAUUAGAAGGGCUGUAAUUUACCUCCGAGAUAUAGCAUGCACCUUUUUUUCUAUUAAACGAUUUUAGUAUGUACAUUAAAUCUAUGCAUGGGCAUUUAUAUUCGUUGAUUUGUUUUCAUUAUCGUACAUGUAAUUAUUGAAUCAGCCGUUUGAUCGGCACAUUAAAGCACGCUAUUUCAUCCCUGUUUCAUAUCAGUUGUUUCGAUACCUACGUUGCCCACGUAUGUUCGCAGCUAUGCACAAAAAAUGGAUUGUAAUUAGCAUGUAAUCUACGUCAAAAGAAAUGAUUGUAUAUUGUAUAUGACACAGGGGAGAAAGUAAACAAAUGUGACGUU